CUCCUCCCGCGCUCCCUCUCACGCGCGCUCCGCUCCACAAGUGCCGCGCUCGCUCCCCGGGAGCGCAGCGGGGACGGGCUGCGGACCCUGCGCGGGGGCGGCGGACCCUGCCCGGCCCGUCCGGGGCUGUCCGUGGUGCUGGAGGCGAGCGCGGGCUGAGCGGCCGCCCGGCCCCUGACGAAGCCCCUUUAUGUUCAGCUCCUGGCGCAGCGCAGCAUCCAGCAGCUCGAGCGGCGGCGGCGGCAGCAGCAUCGCUGAGCCGGGGCUGGGAGGCAGAAUGGAAGGCUUUAUUCGGCUGCUCUUCGGCUACUUGGUGGCGGACCUUCUCACGCUGGUGUGUCGGGCUCAGGAGAAAGCUGGCCAGCAGCUGGGGAGCUUUGUGGUGCUCUCGGGAGGAAAUCACUCCAGCCUCGGGGAACAGCUGGACCCCUCCGAGCCACCUCCCACCCCAGACUUCUGCAGGGGCUACUUUGACGUGAUGGGGCAGUGGGACCCCCCCUUUAACUGCAGCUCGGGGGAGUUCAUCUUCUGCUGUGGCACUUGUGGCUUCAGGUUUUGCUGCAAGUUCAAGAAGACAAGGCUGGAUCAAAGCACCUGCACAAACUAUGAGACACCGUUGUGGAUGAACACUGGGAAGCCUCCUUCCCGCAUAGACGACCCUCUGCAUGACCCUACCAGGGAUAAAACCAACCUCAUUGUCUACAUCAUCUGUGGGGUUGUAGCAGUCAUGGUGCUGGUGGGGAUCUUCACCAAACUAGGGCUGGAGAAGGCACACAGACCCCAGCGGGAGCACAUGUCCAGGGCUCUUGCUGAUGUUAUGCGACCUCAAGGUCCUUGUACAACAGAUCAUAUGGAAAGAGAUCUAAACAUUGUAGUACAUGUGCAGCACUAUGAAAACAUGGAGACAAGACCUCCUCCAAAUAACCUACAUCCACCACAGAUGAAUAAUGUCAUGCCAACAUCUCCCCUCCUUCCUCAGAUGGCACAUCAACAUUCAUAUCCCAGCCUGGGACAGAUCACAAACCCGUAUGAGCAACAGCCCCCAGGCAAAGAGCUUAACAAGUACGCCUCUCUAAAGGCAGUGGCUGACAAAGUCAACGACGACUUCUACACCAAGCGCCGCCACCUGGCAGAGCUGGCGGCCAAGGGCAGCCUGCCCCUGCACCCCGUGCGCCUGGACGACGAGCGGGCUUACACCAUCGACAGCGGGCUCACCAGGCAGAACGGGCAGAAAUCCAGGAUGGCAAAGAUACACACGCACCCGCUGGGCUACAACUCCCACUACAAGACCUGGGAUCCCACCGACCAGUCGCUGAGGCGGCAAGCGUACGCGAACAAGGGGAAGCACGGGAUGGGAGACCCGACGUUAAGUGACCCGCUGACGACCCGGAGCCAGCACUACUUGGGCCCACAGCCAUACUUCAUAACCAACAGCAAGACAGAAGUAACUGUUUGAGUUUGUUUUCUUUCUUUUUUUUUUCCUUUUCUUUUAUCUUUUUUUUUAAUGAAAUCCUUUAAAAACCACGUGCAAAUACACACACACACACAA